UCACAGGAGCCAUUGACGGGAGAAGACAAGGCGUUCAUGGUGGAAUUUACCUCAGGCAAGAUCGAACAGCAGGAAUAAAAGAGAGCGAGAAAGAGAAAGGAGCGCACCGGGAGGGCUAGAAGGGGCAGCCCUCCGCACCCCGUCUCCGCCCGCUGUCUCGGGGAGCUCUGGGCCCUGCCUGCCGACCCCUCCCCCCCUUCCCACCGCCCCUCAGCCCUCCGCCGGGUCUGCUAGAGCCCCGCACGAUUGUUCCGCGAAAGCGUGGAGGCUAUGGGCUUGUCCAUGGAGUCAGGCACCUUUUUCGAUCCAGUCGAGGAAGAGGAUUUGUUUUCGAAAUCGGAGUGAAGGAAGCACCGAAGCGAAACUUAAGGAAUCCUGCCUUUCCGGAGCCGCGGGCGAUGCGACUCGGGCAGCCGGGCGCCGCCGUCGCCCGCCCGGCUUCGCCCUUCCCGGCAGCCGGGAACUAGUUCUGAUCCUCGUCCUCCCCUCCUCCCGACCCCGUCGAAUCCCCGCCCUCUGCCCCUCUACACCCUGGAUAUGUUUUCUCCCAGACCUGGAUAUUUUUUUGAUAUUGUGAAACUACGAGGGAAAUAACUUGGGGGAUUUCUUCUUGGCUCCCUCCUCCCCACGGACAUGCGUUCAGUUUGGUGGGCCGAGGCACCCCGUCCUAGGCGAAUGAACCCCUCCAACCUCGAGGGAGAGAAAUGAAGGGAAUUUCUGCAGCGGAAUAUAAGCUCUGCAGCUAGGUCCUCUCAUCUGCCAUUUGUCCUUUCAAACUGCAUUGUAAUACGGGCAGGAUAAGUCAACGAGAGAGAAGACAAGCCUCCUGGCCGCGUUUCUCCGCCCGUAUCUACUUUCCAUAUUUCUUUUUUUUUUUUUUUUUGCCUUCCUGCUUCUUGGCUGGCUCAGGGAUGACUUCCUCGCUGCAGCGGCCCUGGCGGGUGCCCUGGCUACUGCGGACCAUCCUGCUGGUCAGCACUGCGGCCGCUUCCCAGAAUCAAGAACGGCUAUGUGCAUUUAAAGACCCAUACCAACAAGACCUCGGGAUAGGUGAGAGUCGAAUCUCUCAUGAAAAUGGGACAAUAUUGUGCUCAAAAGGUAGCACCUGCUAUGGCCUUUGGGAGAAAUCUAAAGGGGACAUAAAUCUCGUAAAACAAGGAUGUUGGUCUCACAUUGGAGAUCCCCAAGAGUGUCACUACGAAGAAUGUGUAGUAACCACCACUCCUCCCUCAAUUCAGAAUGGAACAUACCGUUUCUGCUGUUGUAGCACAGAUUUAUGUAAUGUCAACUUUACUGAGAAUUUUCCACCUCCUGACACAACACCACUCAGUCCACCUCAUUCAUUUAACCGAGAUGAGACAAUAAUCAUUGCUUUGGCUUCAGUCUCUGUACUAGCUGUUUUGAUAGUUGCCUUAUGCUUUGGAUACAGAAUGUUGACAGGAGACCGUAAACAAGGUCUUCACAGUAUGAACAUGAUGGAGGCAGCAGCAUCAGAGCCCUCUCUUGACCUAGAUAAUCUGAAACUGUUGGAGCUGAUUGGCCGGGGUAGAUAUGGAGCAGUAUAUAAAGGUUCCUUGGAUGAACGUCCAGUUGCUGUAAAAGUAUUUUCCUUUGCAAACCGUCAAAAUUUUAUCAAUGAGAAAAAUAUUUACAGAGUGCCUUUGAUGGAACAUGACAACAUUGCUCGCUUUAUAGUUGGAGAUGAGAGACUCAUUGCAGAUGGACGCACAGAGUGUUUGCUCGUGAUGGAGUAUUAUCCCAAUGGAUCUCUGUGCAAGUAUUUGAGUCUCCAUACAAGUGACUGGGUAAGCUCUUGCCGUCUGGCUCAUUCUGUGACUAGAGGACUGGCUUAUCUUCAUACCGAAUUACCACGUGGAGAUCAUUAUAAACCUGCAAUUUCCCAUCGAGAUUUAAACAGCAGAAACGUCUUGGUGAAAAAUGACGGAACCUGUGUUAUUAGUGACUUUGGCUUGUCCAUGAGGCUGACUGGAAAUAGACUGGUGCGCCCAGGGGAAGAAGAUAAUGCAGCCAUAAGUGAAGUUGGUACAAUCAGAUAUAUGGCACCAGAAGUGCUAGAAGGAGCUGUGAACCUGAGGGACUGUGAAUCAGCCUUGAAACAAGUAGACAUGUAUGCACUUGGACUAAUCUAUUGGGAGAUAUUCAUGAGAUGUACAGACCUCUUCCCAGGGGAAUCUGUACCAGAAUACCAGAUGGCUUUUCAGACAGAAGUUGGAAACCAUCCUACUUUUGAGGAUAUGCAGGUUCUUGUGUCUAGGGAAAAACAGAGACCCAAAUUCCCAGAAGCCUGGAAAGAAAAUAGCCUGGCAGUGAGGUCACUCAAGGAGACAAUCGAAGACUGUUGGGACCAGGAUGCAGAAGCUCGGCUUACUGCACAGUGUGCUGAGGAGAGGAUGGCUGAACUUAUGAUGAUAUGGGAAAGAAACAAAUCUGUGAGCCCAACAGUCAAUCCAAUGUCUACUGCUAUGCAGAAUGAGCGCAACCUUUCACAUAAUAGGCGUGUGCCAAAAAUUGGUCCUUAUCCAGAUUAUUCUUCCUCCUCGUACAUUGAAGACUCUAUCCAUCACACUGACAGCAUUGUGAAGAAUAUUUCUUCUGAGCAUUCAAUGUCUAGCACACCUUUGACUAUAGGCGAAAAAAAUCGAAACUCAAUUAAUUAUGAACGUCAACAAGCACAAGCUCGAAUCCCCAGCCCUGAAACGAGUGUCACUAGCCUGUCCACCAACACAACAACCACAAACACCACUGGCCUCACUCCAAGUACUGGCAUGACCACUAUAUCUGAGAUGCCAUAUCCAGAUGAAACAAAUCUGCAUGCCACAAAUGUUGCACAGUCAAUUGGGCCAACCCCUGUCUGCUUACAGCUAACGGAAGAAGACUUGGAGACCAAUAAGCUAGACCCAAAAGAAGUUGAUAAGAACCUCAAGGAAAGCUCAGAUGAGAAUCUCAUGGAGCAUUCUCUUAAACAGUUCAGUGGGCCAGAUCCACUGAGCAGUACCAGUUCUAGCUUACUUUACCCACUCAUAAAGCUUGCAGUAGAAGUGACUGGACAGCAGGAGUUCACACAAGCUGCAAAUGGCCAAGCAUGUUUAAUUCCUGAUGUUCUGCCUGCUCAGAUCUAUCCUCUCCCCAAGCAACAGAACCUUCCUAAGAGACCUACUAGUUUGCCUUUGAACACCAAAAAUUCAACAAAGGAGCCCCGGCUAAAAUUUGGCAGCAAGCACAAAUCAAACUUGAAACAAGUAGAAACUGGAGUUGCCAAGAUGAAUACAAUCAAUGCAGCAGAACCUCAUGUGGUGACAGUCACCAUGAAUGGUGUGGCAGGUAGAAACCACAGUGUUAACUCCCAUGCUGCCACAACCCAGUAUGCCAAUGGGAUGGUACCAUCUGGCCAGACAACCAACAUAGUGGCACAUAGGGCCCAAGAAAUGCUGCAGAAUCAAUUUAUUGGUGAGGAUACCCGGCUGAAUAUUAAUUCUAGUCCUGAUGAACAUGAACCUUUACUGAGACGAGAGCAACAGGCGGGCCAUGAUGAAGGUGUUCUGGAUCGUCUUGUGGACAGGAGGGAACGGCCACUAGAAGGUGGCCGAACUAAUUCCAAUAACAACAACAGCAAUCCAUGUUCAGAACAAGAUGUUCUUACACAGGGUGUUCCAAGCACAGUAGCAGAUCCUGGGCCAUCAAAGCCCAGAAGAGCACAGAGGCCUAAUUCUCUUGAUCUUUCAGCCACAAAUGUCCUGGAUGGCAGCAGUAUGCAGAGUGAGUCAACACAAGAUGGCAAAUCAGGAUCAGGUGAAAAGAUCAAGAAACGUGUGAAAACUCCCUAUUCUCUUAAGCGGUGGCGCCCCUCUACCUGGGUCAUCUCCACUGAACCACUGGACUGUGAGGUCAACAACAAUGGCAGUGACAGGGCAGUUCAUUCCAAAUCCAGCACUGCUGUUUAUCUUGCAGAAGGAGGCACUGCCACAACCAUGGUGUCUAAAGAUAUAGGAAUGAACUGUCUGUGAAGCCUAUGGAGUGAAAUUAUAUUUUGCAUCAUUUAAACAUGCAGAGACAUUAAAAAAAAAAAAACCUGCUUUAUCCUUUUGUCAGCACCGCCUCCCACCCCUGUAACAAGGACUUGCUUUAAAUAGAUUUCAGCUAUGCAGAAAAAUUUAGCUUAUGCUUCCAUAUUUUUUAAUUUUGUUUUUUAAG